GAAAUUCAGAAAAACACCAGACAUACGAAGACAGUCUUCAUUAAGAAGAAUAGUAGGUCGGUGUACGUGUGUAAAUCAAUGCAAAUUGUUUUCCAAUGAAGGUUCAAAAUGUAGAUACUUUGAGGAAACCAUAGCCGAAAAACGUGCUAAUAAAUCAACGCUUCAAAACUUUAACUUAAACCGCACGCUCAACAUGCACAUUCAAACAAGUGUCCAAAACACGGUUGAAACUAAAUCAGUGGACUUAAAACUUACAGCGCCUAAUACAAUCUUGACACAGGGACCAUGGUUACUAUGGAGGAAUUUAACAGUCACGCUGAAAAAGUUAAAAAGCUUAAAACAAAACCUAAUGAUAAUGAUCUCCUUGAACUUUACGGCUUGUACAAACAAGCUACAGUUGGUGACAACAAUACAUGUGCACCUGGUAUCCUCGAUCUAAAAGGAAAGGCAAAAUGGAACGCUUGGAAUGGAAAAAAGGGUAUUUGCAGCGAAGAAGCCAAAAGGUUGUACGUGAAUAAAGCUAGAUGCCUUAUUGAAAAAUAUGGACUGGAAUCAUAAUUACUAUUACUUUUGUUCAAGGAAACUAGUUUAUUCAGUUAAUAUUCAUAUAUUUUUGAUAUGAUUUGCAUAUUGAGUUCGGUUAUAAUUUUUACUCUUUUUUCCUCAUUUUUUUAUUUGUUACUUUACAAAUGUUAAUCGUAACGAUAGGGGUCAGUAAACAUUUUUGAUAAUUGUUAUUUACUGUAUAUCUAAACGUGUUUUACGACAUUAACGACUUCUAUUGUCUUUCAUACUUUUUUGUAAUAUCAAAAUAUAUAUUAAAGGAAACAUA